CUGCUACUGUGCACCGUAAUAUAGCAAGCGUCCUCCGGCGUUCCGUGAGCGGACUUUAUGGAUGUAUAUUUGCACGCUUGAUAAGGUCGGAUAACGGAGAGCACUGAGAGGAUUUACCGCUGAACCGGGGAGGACUUUUUUCGCAGAUUGAACUGGUAGACCUCCCUCCCCCGUCUAAAAGCGGGGAACUGGAUUAAGAGUCUUCAUGCAACUUUUUUGGAAAGAGACCAAGAGCGUUUCACCGGGGAAUAACAAGAAGACUUACAUAGGUGACAUCGCUCUCUCUCCGGUACCUGCAGGUGUCGCGUUCUCUUUCGGCCCCCCCGGGGAGAUGUACCAAGGAUUUCCCGGCGACCCAGACAGCGGUUCCCGUGGAAGCUCGUCUCCAUCUAUAGAGUCCCAGUACCUUUCCUCCGUGGACUCCUUCGGGAGCCCGCCGACCACCAGUGCUCCACAGGAGUGUGUGUCAGCAAGUGCUGGCUUGAGCAUUGUGGACAGCGGGCCAGGGACAAGUGGUGGAGGUGAGAUGCCCGGUUCAUUCGUGCCAACCGUCACUGCCAUCACCACCAGUCAGGACCUGCAGUGGAUGGUACAGCCAACCCUCAUCUCAUCCCAGGCUUCUGGACAGAGUGGCUCCACCGGGACCACGACCAUGACCCAACCAGCUUCACUGGUUGAUCCGUUUGACAUGCCAGGCCCGAGUUAUUCCUCGGGGUCUGGAUUCACCCCACCGAGUUCAGACACUCCAGGGCCAGCAGCCGGCCCUGUCCGUCAGUCCAGAGCCCGAACUCGCCGUACACGAGAAGAGUCUGUGAGUGAAGAUGGAGAUGUUGGUGUGUUACUAACACCCGAGGAAGAAGAAAAGAGACGUGUUCGUCGAGAGAGGAACAAGCUGGCUGCUGCCAAAUGCCGAAAUCGCAGACGAGAACUUACAGACAGACUGCAGUCGGAGACAGACGUACUGGAGGAAGCAAAGGCAGAACUGGAGGCAGAGAUCUCAGAGCUACAGAAGGAGAAAGAGCGCUUGGAGUUUGUGCUGGUGGCUCACCAGGCAAACUGUAAGAUCCCAUACCAGGACCAGCCUCAGCAGGGCUCAGCACAGCUGCCUCCAGUGCAGUCCCAGCUGCCUCCCCAGGCCUUACAACCGCCUGUCUCCAUUGUGGGCUUGACUGUGAAGGAAGACUCUUUCUAUCUGCCUCCUGCCUACACAGCUCACCCGGCCUCCACACAGUCCCAGCCUCCGGUUCAACAGCAGCAGCAAGUCCAGCAGCAGCCUCAGCCUGGAAUAAUGCAGGAGGUAGAGUUCUCUAGUUCUUUUUAUGGCUCAAGUGAGCCAGCACCUGGUGGGCCAUGCCUUAUGGUCAGCGACAGUGGUGGUGGUGGUGUUAACCAUGACGAUGCGGCCAUUGGCAGCUACAACACCUCAUACACAUCUUCAUUUGUGUUCACCUACCCAGAGGGAGCCUGCGGGGUCAGUGCCAACCAGCGGAACAGCAGUAGCGAGCAGUCAUCCGAUUCUCUGAACUCGCCUUCUCUGCUGGCGCUCUGACUGACCGACAGACACACGCAUACACAUGUUAACACGCACGCACAUUAUUCUCGCUGGAAGUAGAGGCUGAAGUACACGCACAGUACCGAUCAGCCUCACCGAUUGAGAAAAAAAAAUAACAACAAAAACAACCAAUGGUUUACAUCUGAUUGGAUUAUAAGUUUACACAUUCUGAAAUGUAUCCUAAUUAAGAGCCAUACAAAUAGUUGCACAUUAGGUCUAACCUUUAACAUUCACUAUAUUUUAGUUUUCUAUUACACUCGCAACUGGACAUUAUGGGUGAAUAAAACUGGGUUACGAAAACCGAGUCCAUGUUGCCAAUCUUAAGUUCUGUGGCUUAACAGAUUAAUUCACAGUGAAUUCUCCUAAGCUUGUACUCUGAUUGAGUAAGAAACAACACGAUCACUCCGACAAGCACAAGCGCCCCUAACUUGUUCCCUCUGUCGGUUGCCCCUCUUCCAGUGCUCCCAUCCUUUUCCAUGCUUCUCUUCCUCUCGCUGAAUGUAUUUGUGCAAAUCUGAAAUAGGGACGAAGGACGCUCUGUUCAGGUUCUCUUCUCGUGGGAGACAGGCUGCUGAUCUCUCGCUCACCUCUAACUGUUCAUCUGCUCGACUUCCCUCUGCUUCUUCAUUUGCUGUUUGGACUUGGCAAGUUAAGGAUCUGAGUGUCACAGCCCGCCACUAAAUCUUGUGCUUUUUCCUUCUCUCGUUUUUUCUUUUUCUUCUUUUUUUUUUUAACAAAAAAACCACAAAAAAAAAAAAUCUUCUGACGUCUGCCUACCUGCUGUGCGACCCAUCUCUACCCAUCUCUGUUUUCUCCUCUUCUGUCUCUUUCUCCUUCUCUCUGAAGUCUUCGACCCCCGAGAGCCCGAAGACACCCUCCAGCCCUUGGGACCUUGAGUGAAAGCCGGCUCAACUAACAUGCCCCCCUUUGAACCCUGUCAUACAAGGACAUGGACGCAAGCCCAACCAAACGGAAGAGUCUUUUCUUGGAGCACGUUGCUCAAAUCCUUACAGUGAACAGCAGCUAAAUAAUCUGAACACGCACACAGACGCAUAAUUGAUGAACACACACAUGCAAAAAAAAAAAAAAAAUGCAAGAUGGAUGCCACUGUCUUCUGCUGAGCCAUUUUUCAUGUUGUUCACACAAUGAAGAUUAGACACACCAGUUGUGAGGAUAUAGAGAGACUUAAGGAAUUAAGGAAGCAAGCAGGAAAGGCUCUGAGGGAGUCCGGAUAGAGGAUGGCUCUCAUUUUAACGACGGAUUUUUGUGACCAAAAGUUUAAAAAAAAGGAAACAAAACAAAACAACAACAGAAAAAAAGAAUAAAAAAACAAACAAAACACACAGAAAAAAAAUCUUCUCUUGCCAACUGUGUGGAAGGGUGACCUCAGUAAAAACACCUCCAUACCACAGAGCCUCAUCGCCCUGGGCCGACAUGCGUAUAUUCACGCCAUCGCUUUCAACAACUGAAGAUGUUUGCUGCAGCGCACCAGCUCAGAGUUUUGCUCACACUCAUUCAGAUGUGAACCGAUGCCUUUAUUUAGAGGAGAGACUUUUUCUUUUUUUUUUCCUUUUCUGGGGAUAGUGAUUCAGACAACCUCUAAACAUUGGGCUCAGUGGUCUCUGUACCUCCUCUGUUCUCUAACGGGGAUGAGGCGGAGGUGCGUUUAUUGUGAGUGCGUCCACUCUGAGGCACCUGGCCCGUUUAUUUCUUUCUUUAUUGAGGUUGACGGGGCCAGUGAGCACAAAAGCAAGACCUGGAAACGAAAGGGGAGAACGUGUGGGCUGUUGUUUUGGAGUAGAGCUUCCUUUCCUUUGCCUGUGAAUUUGUAAUUUUUUUUUCCCUGUAUGUUUGAGUAAGAACCGUUAUAUAUUUUAAUGUUUAUAUUUGUUUGUGUGUUUAAUUGUUUUGCAUUGACCUCCGCUUUCUCCUGUACUGUUACCGUUUAUUAUUAUUUUUGUAUGUUUUGUCGUUUUAAGUGGGAGAUUUCUUCACAAAUGUUCCUAUUAUAUCUGCAUACUUAUUGUUUCAUUAUCUUAUUGUAUUUUUUUUCAUUUGGCAACUUUGGAGGCAUGCUGUGCACUACGAGGAAAAAAAAUUUAAGUCCAUACCCAUCUACAUAGUUAAAGGUAACAUGUAUAUAUAUAAAAGUAUAUAUACCAUGAUGUAUGAAUGUCUGUAGAUCUAAAUGGGAUAUUUUUGUCAAUGAAGAACAAGAUAAAAUAGUAAAAUCAAUAUUUUUCUAAAUGAACAAACAUAUAUAUAUAUAUAUAUAUAUAUAUUAUAAAGUACUGCCCUGUCCCUCAACAUGAAGCACGAUGUCACUGCCUCUGUCAAUGUGUAUUUAUGUUUUAUAAACGAUAUAAAGCACUAUCCGAGUUACAUUAAAUGUAUGUUUCUAAUGAUGAUGAUGUUAGAAGGUUGUGGUAAUGUCUUUGUUUUGUUUGUGUUUUCCUCUGUGAGGUCUGUCCCAAAGCUACUGACACCUUAAUGCCACUUGCUCCUUAGCAGAAAACGAGGGGCAAAAAAAGUGAUUGAAUGUCAAUGCGCAUAUUAAAAGUGUAAGUGUUCAGAUGAAAACAUGACGAUUAAACUGUUUGAUUUGUAAGGACAAAGUAUUUCACACCCAGUGUAAACAUGCCACUCAGUGGCGUUCGCAUUUCCGAUAAAAAGUGUUUGAAGCAUAACUGCAGCCUUGAUUGAUGGGCGUCAUCAUGUUAAAGCUGAUCCACUGGUAUACUCGACAAUACAUGUUGCCUGUCUGAGAUUAAAAAAAAAAAAAAAACAACCAAAAAUCAAAUGUUGUAUUGCAUUUGCUGGAUGAGAAGCUUUAUUUUUCAACUAAUAAACAUGUUUAUUCCAAAAAGAAAAUAAAUUGCUGGAUUAAUGGUAUAAAUCUUUGCUAAAUAGUGGCUCUGGGUGGUCAGAAAAUGGGCAGACCUCAUGUUUUUUUUGUUUUGUUUUUUAAAUGUUGUAUAAGGACUGUGUUUGUACAGAUGUUGGAGAUGCCUUUUUGAUCUCUAUCCAAAUGCAAAUGUGAUGAGAAUAUGUUCUGGUGUCAGAAUGAGCAUAAAACAUAUUCAAUAGUU